CAUUUGUCUGGCUGUCGAUUUUCAUCACUAUCUUUGAAAACAAACUGCACACAUACACAUUAAAAAUACCAGCGCUAAUAGAAAUUUGACGUUAGAUGAAGAUGAAAUUUACUUACAAUAUUUUUGUUUUACUUACCUUAUCGUGCAUUGUACAAUCAAAAUAUGAGACAAAAAAAAAAGAAACUAAAACUGUCCAGAGGAAAAUGUCAAAAUUAAGUUCAAAGCACCAUUAUCCGAAUGGCCCAAAGGACAGCCAAAGUGUUACUGAAAUGGAAGACGUUUUGGCAACUAUGGCUAAAAUAAUACAAAGCUCCAUCGACCAAAUAACUAUGAAUAAUAAAGAAUUCAAAAUCAGAUUGAAAAAAAUGUAUAACAAGAGUAUUGGUAAAACUUUAAAACCACUUAUAAGAAAAAAUUUAAGGGAAGUGAAUAAAAUAAUGAAAUUAAUAAAAGAAGACCAAAGAAUAUUAGCUGAAAUUAAAAAAAGAAAAGCCAUGACAAAUGCAUUAGAGAAUGAGAAAACGGCACGAAUCAAGAAAAGAACAUUCAAAAGAAAUAAUACAAUAUAAUUAGCAAACUUGUUCUUUUUAUUACAUUAUUUAGGUGUACAAUUACUAUACACGUAUAAAUUAAGAUUAAAAGCUUCAUAAUAUUCAAGUAAAAAAAAACAGUAAUAAUUUUAGUAUUAUAAGAUAUUUUAACCGCAAAGAA